AUGUUCUUUUCCGAAUUAUUCCUGUGUAUCUAUCAUUCUGCUUUAAUUCCACUCAUUAUUGUUGUCCCGUUUCUAUCUCUUUCUCUGUAUAAUCUUUAUAAUUUACUUUCACCUCCUCACUUUCCGACUCAGGCAACAAAUGGCUUACGCUUCAUUCAUUUCUUUUCCCUGAUUAUUAUUACUUAUACGUCUUUCUUUUAUCUUUCAUUCACUAUUCAUUUUCUCUUUCUUUGCCUUUCUCUUUCCUUUUAUAUUUUCUUUCUCUUUCUUUCUUUUAAACUUUAUCUUUUCUUCAUCUGUUGUCUCUUUCUUUCUUUCGCUUAUUUAUCGUACCCAUAUGUUUAUUCUUUUCUUUACAUUUUCUUUGUUUUUCUUUGUUUUAUUAUUACUUUUUCCUUACUUUUGUUUUUCUUUCUUUCUUUCUUUCUUUCUUUCUUUCUUUGGUUCUUUUUAUAUUUCAUAUAUCUUUCUUUUCUUUAUCUUUUUUUCUAUCAUUCUUUCGUCUUUUUAUAUUUCAUAUUUAUUUCCCAUAUAUUUCCUUUAGAUUUGUUUGUUUCUUUCUUUUUUUCUUACAGUCUUUUUAUAGUUCAUUUGUUUUUCGUUUCUUUAUGUUUUCUUUAUCAAUAUUUCUCUCUUUUUAUCGUUUCUUUCUCCUUCUCUUUUUCUUUAUUAUAUUUCAUUCUUUCUUUUCUUCAUCUUUCUUUUUUAUCUUUCCUUUACAUUUCUGCAUUUUUUAUAUUUCUUUCUUUCUUUCCUUUAUCUUUCUUUUUAUAUUUUCUUUAUCUUUUCUUUCUUUCUGUUGUUGCCUUUCAAUUAAAUUUUUGUUUUAUACUAUCUGUAGAUUAA